AUGGCGGUACCGCCAGUCAUGUUCAACCGGACUGUCGUCAAGACCAAUGGUCUUAAAACGGCCUUCUUAUACCAUGCCACGACGCUCCAGCCUGCUCGGUCAAUUUUUAGGUGGUCCAAGACAGAAACUCGCUUGGCAAGCAAGAACGGCUGCUCAAAAGAUGUGGAGGCUGUUAUGCCAAAGGCAAGAUUUCUUGUCACCGUAGCCAUUGCAGAGAUUGUUAUUAAAAAGACAGCCUUGGGAUGA